AUGGUGGCCAAUAUGCUUUCCAAUGGGCUGCUGCUCGUGCAGCUCUUUGCUGCCCUAGCUCUGGGAAAACCGAGCAACACCCCUCUCUACAAGGAUCCCAAGGCUUCAGUGGAAAAUCGAGUGAAGGACUUGAUGGGCCGGAUGACUAUUGAGGACAAGAUGUCCCAGUUGAUCCAGGGCGAUCUUUCUAAUUGGAUGAACACAACCUCGGGGGCAUUCAACUACACCGGCCUGGUCACCAACAUGGAGCUGAAGGCAGGCAUGUUCUAUGCCGGACAGGAUGUUCCUUGGGAAUGGCUCUCCGAUAAUAUCAAGAGAGCACAGGACUACCUCGUCCAAAAUACUACUCUGGGAAUUCCAGCCAUUGUUCAGAGUGAGGGUAUUCAUGGAUUCAUGAUUGGUAAUGCCACCAUCUUCAAUUCGCCCAUUGGAAUUGGAUGCUCGUGGAACACAGAUCUUAUCGAAAGUAUGGCAGAAAUCAUCGGACAGGAAGCCAAAGCACUUGGUGUUAACCAGCUCUUCGCCCCUGUUGUUGAUCUCGCUCGUGAGCCUCGAUUCGGUCGUGUCGAAGAAACCUACUCCGAGGACCCUUACCUCGCCGGCGAAAUUGGUUAUAGCUACGUCAAGGGAGUGCAGGGCAAGGGUGUGUCGGCUAUGGUCAAGCACUUUGCGGGUGUCAGCGCCCCCGAGCAGGGACUCAAUACCGGCCCAGUUCACGGCGGUGAAAGAGAGUUGCGCACCACCUGGUUGCCUCCUUUCAAGCGUGCUAUCAUCGAUGGCGGUGCUUACUCCAUCAUGGCUGCGUACCAUUCGUGGGACGGAAUUCCAGCAGUCGCUGACUACCACACUCUCACCGAGAUCCUGCGCGGAGAAUGGGGAUAUGAAUACUUCGUCAUGACCGAUGCCGGUGGCAGUGACAGAGUGUGCUCCUACUUCAAGCUUUGCGAGAGCAACCCCAUUGAUAGCGAAGCGGUUGUCACGCAGCUGCUGAGUGCUGGAACCGACGUUGAGAUGGGCGGCGGUUCGUACAAUUUCAAGAAGAUUCCCGAGCUUGUCGAGUCCGGCAAACUCGACGUUGAGCUUGUGGACACUGCUGUCGCUAGAUUGCUCCGGGUCAAGUUCGAGAUGGGUCUCUUCGAGAACCCCUACCCUGCUGCUCCUAAGAGCCAGUGGCCCAAGCUCAUCAACAGCCCCAAGGCUGUGAAGAUUGCUAGAGAAUUGGAUACGGAGUCUAUCGUUCUUCUUGAGAACCACGAGAACAUCCUGCCUCUGAAGAAGUCCAGCAAGAUUGCGGUCAUUGGGCCUAUGGCUGCUGAUCUCGUGAACUACGGCGACUACGUUGUCUACAAGAGUCAAUACCGCGGUGUCACUCCCCUCGAAGGUAUCAAGGCUGCAGUCAAGGACAAAUCUCAGGUCCACUACGCCAAGGGAUGCAGGCGUGAUAGCAAUGACCAGUCAGGCUUUGCAGAGGCAAUUGAGGCCGCAAAGAAGUCCGACGUGGCUGUUGUUGUUGUCGGAACCUGGUCUCGCGAUCAGGGAGAACUCUGGACAGGAUUGAACGCUACCACCGGAGAGCACGUUGACACAGAUGAUCUGGCCCUUGUCGGCGCCCAGGGACCUCUGAUCAAGGCCAUUGCCGACACCGGCGUGCCAACCAUCGUUGUCCUCUCCAGCGGAAAGCCCAUUACCGACACCUGGAUCUCCAACUCUACCGCUGCCCUCCUGCAACAGUUCUACCCCUCCGAGCAGGGUGGUAACGCCCUUGCCGACGUCCUCUUCGGCGACUACAACCCCUCCGGCAAGCUCUCCGUCAGUUUCCCCCGCUACGUCGGUGAUCUCCCCAUCUUCUACGAUUACCUCAACUCCGGCCGCUCCAUGGGCGAUGUCGGCCACAAGUAUGAGAACGGAACUCUCGUCUUCGGUCACUCAUACGUUCUCGGUGACGCCUCGCCCUGGUACCCCUUCGGCUACGGCAAGAGUUACUCCACCUUCAAGUAUGGAACUGUCAAGGUUGACAAGAAGUCCAUCUCUGCAUCUGAGAAGACUGUCACUGUCAGCGUUGAUGUGACCAACACCCAUGCCACCCGUGAGGGUACCGAGGUUGUGCAGGUCUACAUCCAGGACAACAUUGCCUCUGUUGUUGUUCCUAACCGCUCGCUCAAGGGCUUCAAGAAGGUUGUCAUUCCUGCUGGAAAGACCAAGACUGUCAAGAUCCCCAUCAAGGUUGCGGAUAUUGGUCUCUGGAACGCUCGCAUGAAGUAUGUUGUUGAGCCCGGUACCUUCACUGCCCUUGUGGGUAGCAGCUCCGAGGAUAUUCGUGGUAACGCCACGUUUGUUGUCCGCUAA